AUGGAGCUAAUGUUUGGUGACCGGGUGGAAACUCAGUGCCGGGCACCUCACAGUUCCGCGGAGUUCCGGGCCACGCCCACAUUACCCUUUCCGCGGAUUCCUGAGCCGCGCGAGCAGCGCUCCCGCUUCCUCGCCCGGAGCUCUGGGCGGUGCUUUUCUCUGGGCCCGCCCCGUUCCUCCUCUGAGCCAAUCCGGACAGGUCUGCGAGUGGCAUGGCUGCCCCCAGGUCCUCCGACUGUGGGCACCCAGCUAACGCUACGAGAUCCUUCUUUGGAUAUGUGGGACUUCUCAUCUUUAAUAUCAUUAUGGAUAAACAGGUUUUACAUAUAUUUGGGCUUUGCCUUUGGCUUUAGCCUUUGGAUUUGUUUCCAGAUUGUCAUCAAAAAGCAGAACAAAAACUCACAGGAGAAAACCGUUCCGAAAGCAUCUCGGGAUUUGAUGACAAAUGGCUAUAUCUCUCUUCAAAAGAAGGAAGUCUUUGUGUCUGGAGUGAAGAUUUUCUAUGGUUCUCAGACUGGCACAGCAAAGGGAUUUGCGACAGUUCUUGCCGAAGCAGUUAGCUUCCUUGAUCUGCCUGUGGCAGUUAUUAAUCUGAAGGAAUAUGACCCAGAUGAUCAUCUAGUAGAAGAGGUUACCAGUAAAAAUGUCUCUGCCUUCCUGGUUGCUACCUACACUGACGGUCGGCCGACUGAGAGCGCAGAGUGGUUCUGCAGGUGGCUAGGGGAAGCAGCCAAUGACUUUCGAUUUGGCAAAACAUACCUGAAGGGUGUGAGAUACGCAGUGUUUGGCCUGGGAAAUUCUGCAUAUGUGAGCCACUUCAACACGGUAGGUACAAGGUAG